AUAGACCAAAGGAUUAAUAAACCUCCACUAUGUUUCCACUGUGUUUAUCUGUUUGUUGGUUGGUUUGUGAGCAGAACGUCACAAAAACUACCCAACAGAUUCCCAAAAAAGCUUGGAUGGAAGACAUCUCUCGACACAGAGUAGAUGUCGUUAACUUUUGUGACAGAUUCAGUCAUUUGUUCUAACCCUCUACCUUUAAAAUCCUCAUGUUAUAUUUCUUCUGCAUAUUGCAUUUCAUUUUUGUCUUUGACAGUCUCUGGUCUUAUCAUCCUAUUAUUCUUCCACAACAAAAUGCAGAAUAUGUCUCCAUCUUCCCUGUUUUGUUGUUAUAUUGGCUGACAGUUUAACAAGCUUAACAACAACUUAACUUAAUCAUUUCUUUCAAACACUUUGUCCACAUUUUAUUUAUAUUACUGUUGUGUUCUCUUCCAGAGCUGCCUUGUGUUUCCCUCCUCUGGAUGUACUCAAGCCUCCCAGCUGAGAAGAGGUUAUUUUUAUAUCUGCUGAUCAGCAGAACCGGAAGAGGAAACGGCAUGGAUUAGAGUGUUUACAACUGGCAUCAUCCUGGGUGCACCCGGCAUCACCCUGCUGUCCAAAACAGACCCAUGCGAGCCUCGGACGGACCGUGUCUCACAGGGCAGGUCUGUUUCCCUCCUCGGUGAGGACUGAGGUCGGUUUUGCGGACUAGCUGUGUGAUAUCUGCCGCAGCGUCGGGCCACCCACCAUCUGUGGAAGUGGGACAAGGGAACAGAUGGCGCAUCCAAGCCGGCCUGCAGGGCUGCUGACGCUGACUGUUAGGACAGUACUUGAGAGGAGUAUCAAUCAUUAAAAUAGCGGGCUGUCGUUGGCUGUAGCUCGGUACAUUCAGCAGACGUGACGAUGCCGCAGUUACUGUGGUGAAUGUGUGUGAACGGGAGCGUCGCAGAUCGGGCAAAUUGCUGCGCAAAGGAUCGACCAGUGGCAUCACAACUUAAUCCCUUUCUGACGUGUCUCUGGCUCGGUGAACAAUGGUUGACAACCGCUACGCUACAGCGCUGGUCAUCGCCUGUGUGCUGAGCAUCCUGGCCACCGUGUAUCUGUCGGUGGCCAUCGGGACGCAGCACUGGUACCAGUACAGCAGCCCCACCGUGCGCGGCGAGGCCAACGUGUCCGAGCUGCGCUCCCUGUACGAGGAGUUCAUGGAUGGGGAGUUUGAUGAGAAAACCUACAGCGACACCCUUUUCCGCCUCAACGGUACUGUUGGCCUGUGGUGGCGGUGUGUGCUCGUUCCUGCCAGCUGGUACAAAGAGCCAGAUGCCAAGAUGGUCCUGGAGUGUCGAAGCUUCACUCUACCUCAGCAGUUCAUACCUAAAUAUAAAGAACCAGGAAACCACAACAGUGGAGAGGACAUGCUGCGCACCUACUUGUGGAGGUGCCAGUUUCUGCUGCCGCUGGUGUCUCUGGGUCUGGUGGUGUUGGCGGGUCUCACUGGGUUCUGCGCCUGCCUCUGUCGAAGCCUCACCCCCACCCUUGGCAUAGGAGUGCUUCACCUGCUGGCUGGUCUCUGCACCUUGGCCACAGUGUGCUGCUACCUAGCAGGGAUGGACCUGCUCCACAGGGUGUCAAUGCUGCCUGAUAAAGUGGAUGGCUCUCUGGGAUGGUCCCUCUAUCUGGCCCUCAUCUCCUCACCACUCCAUAUGAUGGCCGCCGCGCUGCUUGUGUGGGCGGCACGCAGCCACAGUCAGAACUAUUAUCGCAUGACAGCCUACCGGGUGGCAUAGACUGAGAUUCAGCUCUGGAUUUCUGCCCUGUUUGAAUUCAUGACACCAAGAUGCAUUUUCUAAUGCUUUCCCAGAGAAAUAGGAUGUAGGUUAAUCUGUGCGUUUGACCCACUGAUGGAUUAAAGAGCAUGUAGUCUAUAGUAAUGACCCUAUCUGCUGCAUUAGAAGAUUUGAUUUUAUCUCUCCAGGGGCCAGGAACUGGUUUGAAAAAGGUCAUCCAGAAAGAUGUGUACAGUACAGCAUAUGCUUUUCUCAGAGUAACUUAACGCCAAGCUGAAAAGCAUUUGCUGUGUCCCAGUUUACCAUUACAAAUUCAUACAUUCCAGGGUUUGAAUCUUCAGUUCGAUUGAUUGCUGUCAGGAGGUGCUCCUCUUCCAAACAGGUUUAAUGGGGCAAAAGAAUAAUAAUAAUAAUUAAGGCAACCACUUAAAUUAUUACCCAAACCUGUUCAACUUUGACCUCGUGAUGUGGACUAUAUGUGCCCCCUGUCAGUUUGCAGUAACACUGUAUGUUGAGGUCCUUGUAAUAAGCAUUAGUUAAUAGGUAAAAGGCCUUUGUAAGACCUUUAACAGUAGGAUGCUAAUGAAAGGUGACACAUUUCCAAUGCUCAGGUUCAUCAUUUUAUUUUGUGUUACUACUAGAACAUGUUUACAUGCUCUAAUGCUCAACAACACUUGAGUAUUCUGUUCUCCCCCCUUGUCUGAAACGCUCUGUUUUAGCUCCUGUGUCUGUAAGGCCCUCCUCCCAGAAUACCCAGACUCCUCUGAAUGGUCAGCUCACACAUGCUUGACCCAGCACCACAAACCACAAAUCAGCAGUGCUUAAUCAAUAUUUGCGCUCAAACUAGCCCGUGGCACUAAUUAUGUAAGUGUGUGACAUGGUGAUGUACUGUGAUGAGUUGAAGGGGAGACCACUGACGAGGCGUUUCAGGAAUGGUGUUUUCUGUGGGAGAGGGGAGUGUUUGACCUUUUUGUCUUUCAAGAUCUUUUACAUGCACAAGAAGCUAUAAAACACACUGAAGGAAAGGACAAACAAAAAAAAACAUAAUAUGUCUCCUUUAAAAUUAAUUUUGUGUCAAUAACAGCAUCAUAUACACAUUCAUUGUUCGAUUAUAAGGAACUCAUUAAUGAACACUGAUUACAAGGACAUCAAACCAAAAGCAAUGACCCAGAUUACUCAGACAUUGGUAUGAUGGUAUCAUUAUAGCUUGGAAGUGGAACAUUUCUUUCAUUGGCACCUGUGAUCACACCUACAAUCACCGCUGGGUGUGGUGACUACCCCUUUGUUGCACUGUCUGUCACACUUUGUUCAGUAGGUUUAUGUGGAAAUACAGCAAGACAAUCAGAUAAUUAUUUAUACUGACGCUUGCUGUUGUGUAAUCAUUGUUUUACCUUUGCAGCUUCAAAGCGCUGGGACCGUGGCGGGUAGCGUGACAGAGACGGUGACUAUUACUGUAAAUAUGAUUUUGUUCCAUUUCUGUCUGCCCUUUUUUAUUUUUAACUGAAGUGACACUUAUUUAUUCUUAUACUUAUUCAUGACCAUUGUAAAGGUCAGACAGUGUUUGUUCAUCACUUGUUUACCCAGUACAUUGUUUCGUUUGCUAUUUUCAAGCGUAUUUUUUAAUGUUUUCGACUGAUUUUAUAGUUUUUGUAGAAAAGAUCAAAAACCUUUUUUUUUUUUAACAUAGUAGUGUUCUUUCGCCCUUAGAUGGACAUAUAAAUUGUUUCUGUGAAGUCAGUUGUGUUUGUUCUUAUUUAUUUAAUUUAUAUUUUUUCCUUUAUGUUUUAUUCAUUUGUUAUCACCAUUUCAGUUCAACAGGAUUAAAGGGAAACACUGUUUCCCUGUUAGGCAUUUUGAAUGUAACUUAAAGGCCAUAUCGUGAUAAGCUACAGUAUUCCUUUGCACUUAAAUUAUCGUUGAACAUAUCCUGAAUAUUGCUGUAGUGGUCAGUAGUGAAUUUCUAUUUUUUGAUGAUGUAAAUGUCCCAAAAAUAUACAGUUAAGAAAAGAAAAAAAUAACACCAGUAUUAUCCUAAAACCAUGAUGUAUGUGUACAGUAAUAUCCAAAUUACUAACAGUCACACAAAUUAAACAAUGUCUGUGAAAUGAUGCACUGUUUGUGAUAGGUCUCAUGGUAAAUGAGAUUGUAUUUUGCAUAUUCAGCCUUUCAAUUCAAGAAGGUGUUCUAUCCCUGAACCCACUGUAGCGUAAAUAUAACAGUGUCACUUUAUGACUGUGCUUCUGUGAAUCUGCGAUGAAUGUGCUGUUCAUUCUCCAGUUGUGAGCUGAGAUGGUUAAUAAUUGUAUAGGCUACACUUCAAUAUUGUGAGAGUGUGUGCGAGUGUACACAUGCAACAGCUGUCAUUUCAAUAAAAGUUACAUUUUUGUAAAAUUUA